UUUUUUAGUGCUUCCCAGUUCCCACAUUGUAAAUAGGGAAGUCUAUCUGUGUUUCUGCGAAGUAUUAUCUACAUUUAUUCAAUUAACGUUAAUCAGUCGUUUUACUUUAAUCGUGCAGGAUGAGCGCGCACCAGAUGCUGAAAGUGUUCGUCACGAGACGCAUUCCGCAGGAGGGCAUGAAAAUACUCCAAAAAGCCAGCAUGUGUGAUUUGUCACUGUGGGACUCUGAUGAGCCUGUGCCCCGGGCUGAGCUCCUGAAGGGGGUGGCAGGUGCUCAUGGACUCAUCUGUUUACUUUCUGACAAAAUUGAUACCGAGGUUUUGGAUGCAGCGGGGCCCAACCUGAAAGUGAUCAGCACUCUCUCCGUGGGAUUUGACCACCUCGCUAUUGAUGAGAUCAAGAAACGAGGAAUACGAGUUGGCUACACUCCUGAUGUUUUGACGGACGCCACUGCUGAGCUGACGGUGGCUCUCCUUUUGGCCACUGCCCGACGGCUUCCUGAAGGUGUAGAGGAAGUAAAAAAUGGUGGCUGGAGCACAUGGAAGCCUCUGUGGCUGUGCGGUUAUGGUCUUUCGGGCAGCACUGUUGGGGUGAUUGGACUGGGACGCAUAGGUUUGGCCAUUGCAAGGAGACUGAAACCUUUUGGAGUGAAGAAACUUUUGUACACGGGCAGAAAACCCAAACCUGAAGCUGAAGAGGUUGAUGGAGAAUAUGUGCCUUUAGACACUCUGGUGAGAGAGAGCGAUUUUGUGGUCGUUUCCUGUUCUUUGACUCCUGACACUCAAGGCCUUUGUGACAAAACCUUCUUUGGGAAGAUGAAGAAAACAUCAGUGUUUAUCAACAGUAGCAGGGGAGCCGUUGUGAAUCAAGAGGACUUGUUUGAAGCCCUCAGCAGUGGUCAGAUUGCAGCAGCGGGGCUUGAUGUCACAAGCCCUGAACCGCUGCCAACUAACCAUCCAUUGCUGACGCUUAAAAACUGUGUGGUUCUUCCUCACAUCGGCAGUGCCACUUACUCUACCCGCGGUGUUAUGAGUGAACUGACGGCAAACAACUUACUGGCAGGCCUGACGGGCUCUGAAAUGCCCAGCGAGCUGAAAAUGUAGCAAUCUAACUCGUGCCUUACACUGACAGAAAACCAGUCUAACCUAACAACUGAAUGCACUACAUUUACCAUGAGAUUAGAUGGGAUAAAACAUGUAUUAGAUUAGGUUUAUUGGAUAACCUCAUUCCAACACAAUGAUUUAAUACACUCAUUUGCUCUAACUGUGAAAUUCGAGAUUCAUUCAACACUCAACUGUCCUUAUACACUCCAUGAUGCUGAUUAAAGAUGCUGAAGAAUGAAUGAUACAGAACAAUAAAGGAU